UUAAUGUGUGUAACAUUUUUUCGUAAUUAUGUGAGGCUCAUUAUGCGUUUUUUUUUUUUUUUUUUACGUAAUCUUUUUUAAGUGUUGUAAAAUUUGUUGUCUUUUAUAUGUUCUCUUAAAAGUGUGCAUAUAUGGGCAAAUAUAUAUGUGUGUUUAUCGGAUGAGUGUUUACCCCCCUCAAUUGUGCCCCAAUAUUAUUUUUUUCUCAUGUGCCAUUUUUCUUUGUAAGUUUAUUUGGCCUCCCUUUCAUUUUUAAAGGGUAUGACAACAGUGAACUUGUUUUAAAAAAAAGUUUUGCUGUUUUGAUCUCCCAAUAUUUCUCCUACAAAUUGGACACUGCGAUUAAAUACCCAACUGCAGCUAAAUCUCGUGUUAGGAGACUCUUAAUGAGUGAAUUUUUCCAACGACACAAGGUUUUCUUCCGUUCACCAUCAAAAGAAAGAGUAAUAGGGCCAAUAGUAUCGUUUUUUCGAAAAGAACUGCUGCAGCGUUUUGGAUAAACCGCCAUACCAAUAGCAGCCGAAUAUAGCACGACGAAUUGCAAUCAUAUCACCCUGUCUCCCCAUCAGCAAAAUGUCGGAUAUAUCAGACUUUUCCGAAACUGAGGAGUUUUCCGAAAAUGAAAAGCAAAAGAAAUUCUUCAAAAAGAAAAAGUCCAAAAACUCCACUCUCUCACAGAACUACACGACAGACAAAGCGGAGAUGUUCAGCAAAAACAGCAGCAUGCGAAGCGUUGACAAUGCUUUGGACGUGAAUGGAAAAUUAUCUAUUCAAAAGUCAGGAACAUUCGCAUCAUCAAAAAGUGGCGUGACGAAAAAGGGGUCUCAAGAUGAUAAUAUGCUAGUUGGAAAUGAAUCCAAAUCGUUCAAAAAUUUAUAUAGUUCCUCUAAGCUGAAUGAAGAAGGGAAACCCAGUUCCACUCCCAGCCCCAACUCAAGAGUAGCGGAUUGUGUCAUGUCCCCACCAGAAUUUUUUCUGUCGCAUAUUUAUCAUGAUAAUAAAGUGUUUACAAAAAAGUAUGGCCACUCUAUAGUAGAAUACGAGAAUGAGUUCUUCAUAUACGGGGGAAUCAAUUCGAAAAAUGAAUAUCUGGACGAAUUUCUAACAUUUACUUAUGGCCUCAACACAUUUACAUCUAAAAAGUUGAGUGUAAAUCCAGGGAAAAGAGCCUAUUCGUCUAUGACAUUAACAUACAAUAUUAAUAACAACCCAUCGUUAUUGUUAUUUGGAGGAUUAUGUGGGCCAAAUGUACUGGCAAAAGAUUGCUACAUGUAUGACUUUAUGGAAGAUACAUGGUCUAAGUAUACCUACAAAUUAGAGUCCAUUCCAGGAACAAGAUAUGGGCAUUCUUACACCUUUUGCUCUAGUACUUAUACGACCGUUAUUUGGGGAGGAUUGAACAGAAAUAAUGAAUUGUUAAAUACGGGUCAUAAAUUUAUUGGUGGAGAAUGGUCAGAAAUAAAGCAUAAAGGGAUAUGUCCAUCGGGAAGAGUCUUUUCUUCCAUAGUUUGGCUAGAUAGAGUUACAAAAGAUAAUAUCAAUUAUAAAUUUCUCUAUCUGUUUGGAGGGGACACGACAAAUAAAGGGACACCAACAGAUGAAUUAUGGGUAUAUAAUUUCAACCAUGAGAACUGGACAAUGGUGAAGAAUUCCUCUGGGGAAGCCCCUUGUCCUAGGUGGAAACAUGGAGCUGUUAUUAUUGAUAAGAAUAUGUGGAUCAGUGGUGGGUUAUGUUCUGGGUGGUUUUCAAAUUAUUCCAUUCCCGAUUUGUAUAUAGCAUCCAAGCAGAUUCAUAAUUGUUACGAUUAUGGUACGUUAAAUUUGCAUUCAUUGACAAAGGCUUUCUUUCUUUUCGGAGGCAAAAAUGCUAACAACGACCCCACCUCAAAUGUGUGUAGGUUUGCACCUCUAUGCACAAGUGUGUCUAUUAUGACUAUGAGAAAUGAGAUAAAGAGAUUUUCCAACUAUGUCCUUGAAGUGAAAAAGGAGUCCGAAGAAACGGCAAACAAUGUGUCGGAAAUGCAGAAAAUUAUUCACACCUUCAGUUUAGAUAUAAAAGAUUUCAAGAUAUUAUUUGAGGCUCUCACACGAAGUAUACAACUGCUUAGGGAAAACAUAGAGAACGUGGAUAAGGAAGUGGCUCUUCUGAGGCAGAAGCUUUCUGAAGAUGAGAAGAAGGGGGAGGUUGCUGAGAAGGCACCCGCAGCGGGCGUCGAGCCUUCAGCCGCGGAACCAGUUGCCGACGGGGAAGUUAAGGCAAAUGAGGCAGGAAAAGCGGAGGGGCCAUGA